UAUUGAUUACUUGUGAGGAAAUGGAAACAGAAAGCCAGCUCCAAGUUUCAUCAAUUUCAAGUCAGCACAAAGAAGGAACAUCUUUCUUCAAAACAUGUUUCAAUGGCCUCAACACCUUAGCAGGUAUUGGAAUGCUCUCGAUGCCAUAUGCAAUUUCACAAGGAGGGUGGAUAAGUUUCAUGCUUCUAAUUAUUUUCGCCAUGAUAUGUUGGUACACAGCUAUACUUCUAGGAAGAUGCAUGAACCAACAACCCCUAAUCAAAUCCUAUGCUGAUAUAGCUGAGGUUGCUUUUGGUUACAAAGGAAGAACUUUCAUUUCAACUUUCUUAUAUCUAGAGCUUUUCUUAAUUCUUGUGGAGCUUCUUAUACUAGAAGGUGACAAUUUGGCCAAGUUGUUUCCAAACAUGAGUUUCACAAUGAUAGGGUUCAAGAUUGGAAGUAAAAGUGCUUUUGUGUUAAUAACUGCUUUGAUAGUAUUGCCAACAACUUGGUUGAGAAGUUUAGGAGCUUUGGCUUAUAUAUCUUUUGGAGGGAUAGUAACUUCUUUGAUUUUGAUUGGUUGUAUUGUGUGGGUGGGUGAAGUGGAUGGUGUUGGGUUUCAUGAGAGAGGAAAGUUGGUGAGUUUGGGAGGUUUGUCUACUUCUAUGAGCCUUUUUGCUUUUUGUUAUUGUGCUCAUGCAUUGAUGCCAACAAUGUGCAAUUCUAUGAAGGAUAGAAGCCAGUUUUCUAAGGUUAUGCUGGUUUGCUUUGCUGCAAGCAUAUUUAUCUAUGGAACCAUAGGAGUAUUAGGCUACAUGAUGUAUGGAGAUAAUUUGAAAUCUCAAAUCACAUUAAACCUACCAACAAACACAAUAAGUACAAAAAUAGCAAUAUAUACCACAGUAAUUAAUCCUUUCACUAAGUAUGCUAUUGUGAUCACUCCAAUAAUCAAUGCCAUUGAGGAAAAAUGGCAUCUAUGCAAGAGAAGACCUAUCAGCAUUCUGAUUAGAACAACCAUUGUGGUAAGCAGUGUAGUUGUGGCACUAUUUGUUCCAUUGUUUGGAUACAUUAUGGCAUUUAUUGGUGCUUUCUUGAGUGUGGCCAUUUCAUUAUUGUUUCCUUGCCUCUGCUACUUAAAGAUGCACAAAGCUGCAAGGAGAUUUGGGUUAGAAUUGAUCAUAAUUGUAGCAAUUCUGGUCAUUGGUACUUUUAUUGGAACACAGGGUACCUACACUUCACUUGUGCAAAUAGUAAAUAGUAUAAAGUGAUGAAAGAUUUUACUUUGGCCAUUGUUGCAUAUUUGAAUAUCAUCAUAGUUCCAAUUUGACUAGCAAUGUAAGCAUUUCUCCUUUUUAAUAAUAUAUAAUAAAUGGCUAGACAACAAAUCCUGACAAGUUGGUUGUGGCUUUUUAGAACAAGUAAAUGCAUUAUAUCAACAUUUGUAUAUCAGAACAAGUAAAUGCAUUGUAACAACAUUUGUUUAUCAAAGUCUUCCUUCACAGGAAGGGACCAGGUAUGUGAAUAAUUAAGGCAUCAAGCUGCCAUUCUUAAUUAGAUUACUGAAAGUUCAUUAAAGGUGGAUACUGAAGAUGCCGCAUGUAAAAU